GAUCGCAGUUUUCAAAAGCACACAGAAUGCAAGAAUUGAACGAUAAAGGCAACUUUUUUCAAUACUAGCAUCAUAUAGAAAUGAUAUUGUGACAAGUGAUAGUGUUUGUGAUGAAAACCAGAGCGAAUUGUAAUUGUUCGCUUCAAACAUCUCAUUCCAUCAACCAGAAGAGUAUACUUCCCAGUGCAGUGAUACGAAUUCAAUGUACCAACUAUAGUGUAUUUGAUUUUAUCGAGGGAUAACAAUCAACAGUAUUGAGAGACUAUAACCUGCUUCAAUGUACAGUUUAUGCGUACCUAACCUUACGAAAUGUGAGGUUACUAUAUCAAUUAUCUAAUCGUUACCAGUCUGCGGGACACGCAUAACAGCAGUAGUUAAAGUAUGCGGCGCGUAUUAAUAAGAAUACAUAUCGUUCAACAGUCUCAAUAAUCUUCAUGCUGGAUGGCGAUUGCAGAAAUUCUUUCACAGUAAAGUUUUCAUUGUGCGCGUUUGUAUAAUACAUAUUCUCUGUGCUGUCUUUAAAUAUUCUAGCAAAAGCUGGCUUCGUUAAAUUUUCAAAGAAUUGCAUGUUGCAAAGGAAUUUUAAGAACGCAAAUCAAUUCGAUGACCAUCUUCCGGAGAACGCCAAACAAAACGUAUUAAAGACAGAUCUAGUGAAAAAUAAAACAAUCGCUCAGUGCAAAACGCCUCCACACCUCGUUACAGUCGCUGAAGAGGUUGUUUACAUAUCUGCUUGCUGCUUGUCGAGGCAUUGGCGUAAUGCAUCUUCAGUGCUGGAGUGGAACUAGGAAGCAAAGCGUUAUAGCUCACUUUCCACGAUCAAAAUAUUCCACCGAUAGUGGUUCAAGGUUACGGCAAUUGCUCGUUAUCUGUAUCAGCAUGUUAUGCUCACUAACGAAGCCUUCGGGAGCUUUGGAAAUGGUUUGCUCUAAUUGAGUGUAGAAAAUGGAAGGAUAGACUAGUAAUGGACAUUUCAAGAGCAGAAAUGCUUUACAAUGACAUUGAAUUUGGUAGCAUAGUAACGCAGAAUUUAUUUUUUUUUGUAACAUUCGUAAUUCGUAAUGGUAACUGACAAGUUAUAAUUAUGAGUGACAGUGAAUUUCGUAGACCAGACAUUUAAUAACAGGAGGCAUAUUUCUCCCUAAGCUUUGGCAGUAUUAUUCGAUUACUAUAAUUUUACUUGGCAUUCUGAUGAUCUUGAAAACUAGUUUUGGGACCAAUAAUUAAAAGCUUAACAGCAUAGAAAUGUAAUCGAGCGGAUAGGGCACAACCCAAGGAGGAAAUGCCUUGUGAAACAUGUAUUUAGUCAACACAUGCGGUGUUGACCAUACGACAAUGAGCCGUCAUACUGGAAUUAAAUAAAUAAAAUUAAAGCCUUGCUUUAGGGCACAUAAUCAUGAAAUAUGUGCAGCAUUAAAAGUAGGCUCAAAGAUGGGUGAUUGAAUGAAUGAUUUCAUGUAAGCCUAGUUUACUAUGCACUAGAUUACAUCAGAUUCUUGUGCUAAUGCCGGGAGGCUUAGAAGUAUAUAAUAUUCGAAGCACAGGUAAAGUAACAAACGUUUCCUAACAAACGCAAAUGUGUAGAUAACAAGCUACUAAAGAAGCUUUAGUAAUAAUUUGUUUGUACAUCACAAUAGUGUUUAAUGUUUUCUUUUACUUUUAAUAUUUUUUUUAAUAUAGACGCAGAAAUGGAUUAGGAGAACAAUCCGAAUGAAGCGAUGAGGCCAUCGCUUGUGGAUGGAAGCGUAUGAAUGUGUGACUGGCGUAUUCUUCUUCAACAUCGUACAGUGGACUCCGAUCAAGUACCUCGGCUAUUCGUAUCCGUUCUGGGCUCAUGCCUUCGGCUGGUUUACCGCACUGUCGUCAAUGCUGUGCAUUCCCGGAUACAUGAUCUGGCUGUGGAGAAACACCCCCGGCGAUCGUGCUAACAAAAUUCGACUGAUCGUUCGAAUCGAGGACAGUGUAAGCCAGCUGCGGGAGAGAAUGCAGGCUGAUGCCGAGAAGGGCAUGGAGCUGUAAGAAGGAAGAACCGUGCAAGACUACUACUACAUUGUGCUGGAUGCGUAUCUUGUGCUGCAAGAAGCACUGUACGUUUUUUCAGUUUUCUUUUUCCACACCCACAACCGAAAACUAAUCAUUUAAAUGUCCAUGAAUUGUUUGUUUCACAGAAGUGUUGAUAUUUAUUUGUGUUUUUUUUUUAAUUUAAAUUCCUUCAAAUAUAGUAAGACGGUUCGAUUUCUAUCGUGA